AUGAAGUUCUCAUAUAAGUUCUCCAAUUUGCUUGGCGCAAUUUAUCGUAAUGGAAAUCUGCAGUUUACACCAGAUGGCAAUAGCAUAAUCAGUCCGGUUGGUAAUCGGCUAUCAAUCUAUGAUUUACGCAAUCACAAAUCGCGCACGCUAUCGUUGGAGUCGCGCUACAAUUACGUUUGCAUUGCCUUGUCACCCGAUGGCAGUCUGCUAAUCGCUGUGAACGAAUUGGGUGAAGCACAACUAAUUAGCUUGAUCUCAUGUACGAUUAUACAUCGACAUAAAUUGCAAAACAAACCACAAUGUGUAGUUUUCAGUCCGGAUGGCGCAUAUUUUGCUGUAGCCAUGGAUAAUAUUGUGUUAGUGUUUUCAGCACCCGGUGAAUUAACUGGUGAAUACAGUCCAUUUCUGCUGAAACGACGCUUUUUAGGUGGCUUCGAUGAUGUCACUUGGCUGGAUUGGUCAAGCGACUCACGUUUUCUCGCCGUUGGCUGUCGUGAUGGCACAACCAAAAUUGUUGGCAUGCGUUUGUUGACAAAUUUCCGCACAUACAUAUUGGCUGGACACUCUGAUGGUAUUAUUGCUAGUUUCUUUGAGCGCAAUAGCAUGCAUGUGAAUACGCUUGGUCGUAAUGGGCAGCUUUGUUUAUGGGAAUGCAGUUGUAAUCCCUCCGAUAUUGAGGAAGUUACACCAGAGCAGCGUGAAAAAUCAAAAUAUACAGUAAAAAAGAAGAAAGUCGCCAAAGCGGAAGAAGAAGAGUCUGAGGAUGAUGUGGAUGAUAAGGAAAAAGAGAAAGAUGAUAACACCCCCAUUACUGAAACGGUAGAUGAAAAUGAGGUGAAAGAUGAAAAUGUUAGUAAAGGACAUCCUUUUGUGUACAAAAAAUUAGGCCGACACUAUUUGGCCGAUGAACCGCGUAAAACCGAUUAUCAUGCUUAUGUCACUGCCGCCAAUUAUAAUAAUCGUAACAAGAUAUUGGUGGUCGCUUUUAAUAUCGGCACAUUCUAUUUAUACGAGCUGCCCGAUGUAAAUAUGAUACACUCGCUAAGCAUUUCGGAUUACGCCAUAUCGGUGGCGCUUUUUAACGGCACCGGUGAUUGGGUGGCGUUGGCCUCUCGCGAACUCGGCCAGUUGCUUGUGUGGGAGUGGCAAAGUGAGCAAUACAUUAUGAAGCAGCAGGGACACAGCAGUGAAAUGACCUGUAUAAGCUAUUCAGCCGACGGCCAAUAUAUUGCCACCGGCGGUGAAGAUUCCAAAGUUAAACUGUGGAAUACACAAAGUGGUUUCUGCUUUGUCACAUUCAGUGAGCACAGUAGCGGCAUUACUGGCGUACAAUUCAGUCGCAGUAAAAAUUUCUUGGUUAGCGCCUCGCUGGACGGCACAGUGCGUGCGUUCGAUGUCAAUAGAUACCGUAAUUUCCGUACCUUCAGCGCGCCCGAACGCGUACAGUUCUCCUGCGUGGCCAUUGAUCACUCCAGUGAAUUUGUGGUGGCCGGUUGUCAGGAUGUUUUCGAAAUGUAUUUGUGGUCGGUGAAAUUGGGUAAAUUGCUGGAAGUGAUAAGUGGCCAUGAAGGACCGGUUUGCUCGGUGUCAUUCUCACCGGUAGCCACCAUGACAACUCUGGUAUCGGGUUCAUGGGAUAAAACCAUAAAAGUUUGGAAUUGUUUGGAGAGCAAUAGUGAGCAUGAGACGAUUGAUGUGCUCGCCGAUGCGACAUGUGUGACAUUCAGUCCGAGUGGGGAGAAUGUUGCGGUCGCCACUCUGAAUGGGCAUAUAACAAUUUUCGAUGUGAAAACCGCGACACAAAUAAGUUCGAUAGAGGGACGCAACGACUUAGCUGGCGGUCGUUAUGAAGCUGAUAUCAUAACGGGCAAGAAGAAUCUGGAGGGCAAGUACUUUACUUCCAUUGAGUAUUCUGUUGAUGGCGAAUGCAUUUUAGCCGGUGGCAAUUCCCAAUACAUAUGUAUCUAUCAUGCACGUGAAGCGGUGUUACUAAAGAAAUUCGAAAUUACACAAAAUCAUAGUUUAGAUGGUUUGAAUGAGUAUAUAAAUCGUCGCAAUCUGACAGAGUUCGGUAAUAUGGCGCUUGUUGAGACACGCGAGGAGUUGGAGGGCGGCAAUGUGGCAAUUGGUAUGCCGGGCGUACAGAAAGGUGAUAUGGCGAGCAGAAACUUCAAGCCGAAAAUCAAAGUAUUCGCUGUGCGCUUCAUGCCAACCGGUCAAGCGUAUGCAGUGGCUACCACAGAGGGAUUGUGUUUAUACUCGUUGGAUAAAGGUGUUGUCUUCGAUCCAUUCCACCUAUCGCUGGAGGUGACACCAAAAGCCAUACAUGAGUCGGUCGACAAACAAGACUAUUCGCAAGCGCUUUUAAUGUCACUGAAACUUAAUGAACCACACCUCAUUUACAUGGUUUUAGAGAAAAUACCGCGUAACGAUAUAAAACUGAUUUGUUCAACGUUGCCGGAGACAUUCGCACCUGCCUUGCUGCAAAUAUUAGCGCGUGGCUUACAGGCUAGCACACAUUUAGAAUUUUACUUGGAAUGGUGUACCGGCCUAUUGGCUACGCACGGCAAUAAAAGCGACUUGUUGCAGCAUCAUGCACUACUUUCGCUACAGGAGAGCUUAUCACAGAAAUAUGAGUCACUAAAUCGCAUUUGCGAUUUCAAUAAAUACACUAUGCGUGUUCUACUGAAUGCUGCCAAGGAGCGCAGAAAGCAAGGCGUUUAUUUGACACAAAAGAAAUCAAAUGGUGUUAACGUAGACGGUUACGAGAAUGCGGAUGAUGAUGAUAUGUUUUUAAUUAAAGCGAAAAGCGACGAUGAAGUAGCGGAGUUCGAAGAAGCGGACGAAAGUGAUAGUGAAAGCAGUACAGUGUGAGAAAUCAGUCAGUAUAAUAUAGUUUUCUAAAAUAUGACCAAUUUUGUUAUGAAAAUGUUGUAAAAAAUUAAAUACAAACUAAUUGUAUUAGAAAUAUUGACUU